UCUGUCAUUUGAACGAAAUGUAGCGCAUAAUUUUCAAGUUUAAACAAAUACAUAUACAGAUUAUAUUUAUUUGUGUCCCGUCCUAAAAGAAUGAUGACCUUACCGAAGGGACCGGAUUCUCUGUGUUUCGACAAAGACGAAUUUAUGAAGGAUGACUUCGACGUGGACAAAUUUGUGGCUGACUGCCGAAAGCGUGUCCAGCUGGAGGAGAUGCGAGAAGAUCUGGAGCAAUAUUACAGACUCCUCAAAACAGCCAUGGUUGAGCUUAUUAAUAAAGACUAUGCAGAUUUCGUUAACCUCUCCACCAAUCUUGUUGGAAUGGAUAAAGCCCUCAAUCAGCUGUCUGUUCCACUCGGCCAGUUACGUGAAGAGGUGCUGAGUUUACGAUCCUCUGUGAAUGAAGUUAUUGAAGCUAUAGACACCCAGUUGUCCAAGCAGGAUGACAUUCAGAAAAAGAAGCUCUCUGUGUUAAGACUGAUUCAAGUUGUGAGAUCAGUGGAGAAGAUUGAGAAAAUUCUUCACCAAAACACCAAAGAUACAACAUCACUGGAGACUAGCAGUCCUCUUCUGGCAGGUCAGAUUCUAGAGCGAAUUGCCACUGAAUUCAACCAGUUACAGUUUCAUGCUGUCCAGAGCAAAGGAAUGCCAUUGCUUGAUAAAGUCCGCCCGAGAAUAGCAGGUAUCACAGCUAUGCUUCAGCAGUCCCUUGAAGGCUUAUUGAUCCAAGGCCUGCAGACGUCAAACAUAGAUAUCGUACGCCAUUGCCUCAGGACAUAUGCUACCAUCGAUAAGACCAGGGAUGCGGAGGCGCUGGUUGGACAGGUCUUAGUCAAACCGUACAUGGAUGAGGUGAUAGUUGAACAGUUUGUCAAGUCCAGCCCUAAUGGUCUUAAGAUGAUGUACGCAAAGCUGUUAGAGUUUGUGCCUCAUCACUGCAGACUUCUGCGAGAGGUGACCGGUGGCGCGAUCUCUAGUGAUAAAGCUGACAUUGUUCCCGGAUAUGACUUCCUAGUGAAUUCCGUUUGGCCUGAGAUUAUAAGAGGUGUUGAGGAAAGAGUUCCUUCUCUUUUCAAUCCCGGAAACCCAGAUGCGUUUUAUGAGAGAUACACUGUCAGCAUGGAUUUCGUGCGUAAGUUUGAGAGGCAGUGUGGUUCUCAGGCCAGUGUAAAGAGGUUGCGAGCACAUCCAAGCUACCAGAGCUUUCAUAACAAAUGGAACCUGCCAGUGUAUUUCCAGCUGCGGUUCAAGGAGAUUGCUGGAAGUUUAGAAAGUGCCAUUGCCGAUGGGUUAGAGGCAACUCCAGUGGGCAGCAGCUUCCACCUGCAGGUGACCGAGGUGUUGUGGAGCUGUGUGUGCAGGUGCUGGACGGACCAGGUGUACCUGCCACCCCUCGCUCAUCGAUUCUGGAAACUCACUCUGCAGCUCAUCUCCAGAUACUCCACCUUUCUUACAGAGGUUCUAACAAAAACCUCAUCUUCAGAGGCAAACAAAGAUUCAGUAAGGCCACUCCCCAGCUCCGCGUCCUCCACAUCCAGCCGCACGUCACAGGAUGCAGACAGUGAAACUGGCGGUCCCACUGUUUUAUCUACUAAACAGCUCGUCUUCAUUGCAGCUGAUGUUGAUAAGUUACAAGGACAGAUUCCAGAUAUCUCAGAGAUGAUCAAGGCAAAGCUGGAGAAUAUUGGAUUCCAAAACUUUGCCAUAGUUUCAGAAGCCUUGCAGGAUUCCAGCUCAUCGCUGUCCAGCUGCGUCCCCACACUGAACAGCAGAAUGACUCAGCAUCUCACAGAAAGGAGCGUUCGCUUCCUGAAAAACGCUUCAGAAGUCCCGCGACUUUACAGAAGGACCAACAAGGAAGUGCCCACCAGAGCCUCUGCUUAUAUGGACAAUGCUCUCCGGCCGCUCCAUCAGCUGGUCACUGACUCGAAAAAUGUGGUGAAAGACUCCAUCAUCCAGGAGUGGCUCCGGGUCACGCUGUCAGACUGCACCCAUCGAUAUUUUGAGACUAUAUCAGACGUGCUAAGCUCAGUGAGAAAGAUGGAGGAAAGCCUGAAAAGGUUGAAACAGGCUAGGAAAACUGCCACCACCAACACUGUUGGUGUCAACGCAGGGCCAUCAGAUGACAGUAAGAUCCGUCUGCAGCUGGCACUGGAUGUGGAGUAUCUUGGAGAACAGAUUCAGAAGAUGGGUCUUCAGCCAAGUGACAUCACCAUGUUCUCCUCUCUGCUGGAGCUGGUACAGGAGGCAAGAGAUCUCGCUUCAACUGAGCAGAUGGGGUCUUAAAACCCAAAUGGCCCUUGAAGGGGCCAGAUCAAAAAGUAGGGUCCAAAAUGAUUCCUGAUCGAAUGCCUUCAGCAUCCAUAUGCUCAGAAAGAUUAAGAAAAUAUGGCUCAGGAACGGUUUUAUGGAGUCCUGCCAUCCCUCAACGGUUCUACUAGCAGCUCAGUCUUUCUGGAGAAGGAAUACACUAAACGAAUGUGAUUUACUCUUGGAUAAGUUAUUUAUUGUUGAACUGUAUGGGAUAAUAAGACAGGAAAUGUCAUAUUUAUGGUUCGAAAUGAUUGCAGAAAUGAAUAGAGUUUGUUGUAUGAGCCAAUCAGCACUCAGCGUAUAACGUGCUAAGAGCUCUUGUGUCCUGUCGUAUGUGGUUACAUCAGAAAAAAACAGCACACAACACUGCUGUUUGACUUGUGUUGUGCCUGUCAGAAACUCUUCUCCUCAGACAUCAGCUCUGGUGAACCCUGCCAAAUAGAGUGCAAACACUGAAGAGGUUUAAUGGUUAAAUGGUUAUUUUUCUUCGUCUUUUCUAAAUAUCAAAUUUGGGAUGGAGUUUGUGUUUCACUGGGUUGGAAUGGGACUACUAAAGUUGUAACUUUAAGCAUUUAACAAUAAAAUCGGAGGAUAGUGUGAGAUUUCAGUGAG